AUGGCGGAGGAUUGGAAGUUGUAUCUUUUUGGAGAUCAAGCAUACAACAUACAAACAUACCGGCAAGAUCUGCUUCGAAACAGAGACAAUCCUGUUCUGGAGCAUUUUCUGAUGAAAGCAUACGAUGCCCUUCGUUCCGAGAUCUAUACACUGCCCUCAGCUACAAGAGAUAUAUACCCUCGUUUCACAUGCGUCGACGAUGUAAUUCAAUGGAACCCAACCGGUGAAAGACUUGUGACGCUCGAUAUGGCUAUCCCAGCUGAGCGUUGA